GAAGAGAAGGGAAGGGGGAAGGGAAGGGCAAGAGGAAAGGGAAGGGAUUGCUAUAUCAGAACACAUCCGUAGAAAAAGCAUGGCAAAUUCUGUGACCAUCUUUAAAGGAAGUUUCCUGGGACCUAGAGAGAAAGAAAGAAGCCCAAAGAUGGAAAAUAAAGGGCUAUGAUUUCAUUGUCCUGUUGCUUUGUCUCUGGCUCACUCUGCCUCUGCAAGGGUAGCUACAAGACACAAAGAUGCCCAGCUGGUCACUGAAUGUCCAAGUUCAGUGUAGCUGAUGCUUCUCUCAUUUAGCCCGACUGCCGUCUCUGAAGGGGAGGACUCAAAGCCUGACUGCUUUUUAGUUUAACCUGAAGAGUGUGUGCCGCCUCUCUCGGCCCACCCAAAGAUCUCACUGGAGGUGGAGGAGAGGGGAGAAAGAGGAGGACUUGAAAGUGCCCAAGGAGCUCCCGAUGCUAAGAGGAGAGAUAUUCCCAGGGACGACGCAGAAAGGACAAAGAUUUAUUGCCGGUUUCCAUAUUUUUUUUCCUCCCUGUCCUUUGGCGCACAGCAGUGUUUGGAGAUAACUGAAAACCCAAAACAGAGCAGUAAACCUGAAGCCCCAAUCCCCUGGCUAGCUCUUAUGGGAAUGAAACACUCCUCCCGCUGCCUGCUCCUGCGGAGGAAGAUGGCGGAGAACGCUGCUGACUGCACCGAGAUUUGGAUGAUUUUUGUCAGAAGGCUUUCCCCAUUAAUUCUGAACGUGCAACCAGUUCAGGAGUGAGACCUGCUGCUGCUGCUCUUCUGUCCCUUUAUCAGCUGCCUGGACAGGAGAAAUAUGUAGAGAAACAUGAUCCCAAGAAGCUUGAUAUGUUCCAAAAAGGAGAAUCAAAGCAAUCUUAUGUGUCAAUAAAACCUUGAAUCACUUUGAAUCUUCUCCCACUCUCCACGUUAUUUAUUGUAGCUUUCAACAAUCACCUCGCAGACAGACUGGGAAAGAAGUUUCUUUCUUGGAAAUGAGGUUUGCCCCAUCCCAGCCCAGCCUCCUCAGCCUACUGUUGUUCCAAAGCCAGUUCAAUCUGUCAUACAUGUCCCACUGCAACCAAGCUGCCCGGGAAGAGGCAAGAUGGCAAAGCUCAUCAAUCCAGAAGAGAUGACAUCCAGGGAUUAUUACUUUGAUUCCUAUGCUCACUUUGGAAUUCAUGAGGAAAUGUUAAAGGAUGAAGUUCGCACAUUAACCUAUAGAAACUCAAUGUAUCACAAUAAACAUGUUUUUAAGGAUAAGAUUGUCCUUGAUGUUGGAAGUGGCACGGGAAUCCUCUCUAUGUUUGCUGCAAAGGCAGGAGCCAAGAAGGUGUAUGGGAUUGAAUGCUCAAGUAUAUCUGACUACUCAGAAAAAAUUAUCAAGGCCAACCACUUGGACAGCAUAAUCACAAUAUUUAAAGGUAAAGUGGAAGAAGUUGAAUUACCCGUGGAUAAAGUAGACAUCAUCAUCAGCGAGUGGAUGGGUUACUGUCUGUUCUAUGAGUCAAUGUUAAACACAGUCAUCUUUGCACGAGACAAGUGGCUGAAACCUGGAGGGCUAAUGUUUCCAGACCGAGCUGCUUUGUACGUGGUAGCAAUUGAAGACAGACAGUACAAGGACUUCAAAAUUCACUGGUGGGAGAAUGUGUACGGCUUUGACAUGACCUGUAUUAGGGAUGUUGCCAUGAAGGAGCCUUUGGUGGACAUAGUAGACCCAAAGCAAGUGGUGACCAAUGCCUGUUUAAUAAAGGAAGUAGAUAUAUAUACAGUGAAGACUGAAGAAUUGGCAUUUACUUCUGCAUUCUGCCUCCAAAUUCAGCGUAAUGAUUACAUUCAUGCCUUGGUGACCUAUUUUAAUAUUGAAUUUACGAAGUGCCACAAGAAAAUGGGAUUUUCUACAGCACCUGAUGCUCCCUAUACUCACUGGAAGCAAACUGUCUUCUAUUUAGAGGACUAUUUAACUGUGAGACGAGGAGAAGAAAUCUAUGGGACUAUAUCGAUGAAACCAAAUGCAAAAAAUGUGCGUGACCUGGAUUUCACAGUAGACUUGGAUUUUAAAGGACAGCUAUGUGAAAUGUCAGUAUCUAACGACUACAAAAUGCGCUAGCAAGAAAUCUUUGAGAGCAAUGAAAAGGAGAAUUUUAUGAAGUCCAGAAUGGCUGAACUUCUGUUCAUAAGAUUAUUAGAAUGUUUACUCUGAUGGAAAAGUGGUAACCUGAUCCUUCUUGCAGACAGUACAGAGGACUGGGAUCCCACAGUGAAUGUAUAGUAUACAGAACUGUAGCUUUUGUCAAACACAUAGGAUAAAUAACCACAGUCUUGAGUGUUCUGGUUAACUUUAGGAUGGCAGAAGAUGCAUAUACAAGUUGUACUACUUACUGUGAAUUUCUAGUUCUUCCAAGCUUUGCAUGUUAAAGAUGAUUAGGGCAGUCUUCUCGCUAUGAAAGACUACUACAGACAUUACUGUAAUAGUAUCACUGGACUUAUAUUCAAUAUAAAUUUAUAUAUAUAUAUAUAUAUAUUUACAGUGCAUGAGAAAAAAAUGUCAUUUCAUAACAGGAAUUUGUUUUGUGAUUAUUUAAUUCUCAUUAUGCAGUUACGGAAAGAUAUUUAUGUUAACUCUGGCAUUACUCUAGGCAGUGAUAUAUUCCAUGACUAGUCCAAAGUUAAAACUUUGAUAAAUAUUACAUUGAAAGUGUAGAUUAGAGCUGGGCUUUUACAGAAAGUUCAUCAACUAUCUUUUUGAAUAUCCUCUGGAAAAUGUGGACCAUGAGUUUUAAAAUAUACUUUCACAACCGGCUGGCUGUCAGAGCUUUAAAAAAAAAAUAGCGUUUUAUCCUUGAAGAUAUUCUGUGGUGAGUUUUUAUAGCUGGAUUUUUGCAUGAGAUCUUCUGAAAUUAGACACUUGGUGUUUAAAUGUGAUGAAUGCGAAGUCUCUGAAAUGGUGGGUAAUUUCUUGGCCAUGACAUAUUUUCAGUUCUUUGGAAGAUUCUUAAUACAAAAUAAUUUUUUAAAAAUAGGAAUCAGUGUUUCCUUCUGGUGAUGUUUUAGAUAAAUUUGACAUUGCAAAUACUGUUCUCAAGAGUGCAGUAAUUUGCAGGAACAAGCUAAUGUCUUUUAGAAAAGUGUGUGGCUUCUCAUAUUACUAAGAUGUCUGUGGCUUCCCUACUCCUUUCUAUACCUUGUUUUCUUACAAUAUCUCCUGCUUAUAGUUCAAAUAUUACCUGUGCAUAACAAUUCAUAUAUAUGUAUCAAGGCUUUUUACUAUAUGAAUGUUGGCCAUUUAAUCACAUGCAAUUUGUCAAAAACUGCAUUGUCGGUCGUAUGUACCGACUCUCCAGUCUGUCUGGCAUUAUGCAUUAAAUCAUGUUCCAUUAUGCAUUGGAUGAGAUUGGCUAGUUUUUUGCCUGAAAGUGCAAAUAAAGCAUAUCUGAAGAUGUAUUUUGCUAGUAUUUGUCAACUUUUCAGUUUUUAGAAGCCUCCAUUUUCUUAUGGUCUAAAGAUUAUGGUCUAGAGAUUGUAUCACAUGGUAUCUAUGUAGAAUGAAAUUAAAUUGUAAUUCAACAGUAAAAGA